AGUUAUCCCCAAGGCCAAAAAUAAGAUAAUAGAAAGUCCAGGACUAAACUUCCCCAUUCCUUUCAUGUGUUUCCCCCAUUAGUGCUUCUCCCAUUUAAAGAGAGCGAAGCCUGGUCUUACAACGCUUCCACGGAAUACAUGACUUUUGAUGAGGCCAGUGCUUAUUGCCAGCAAAGGUUCACACAUCUGGUCGCAAUUCAAAACCAGGAAGAGAUCAAAUACCUGAAUGCCAUGUUCCAGUAUUCACCAAAUUACUAUUGGAUUGGAAUCAGAAAGAUCAACAAUACGUGGACCUGGAUUGGGACCCAGAAACCUCUGACCGAAGAGGCUGAGAACUGGGCUCCAGGUGAACCAAACAACAAGCAAAGCGACGAGGACUGUGUGGAGAUCUACAUCAAGAGAGACAAAGACACGGGCAAGUGGAAUGAUGAGAGAUGCAGCAAAAAGAAGCUCGCCUUGUGCUACACAGCCGCCUGUACCCACUCAUCCUGCAGUGGCCACGGUGAAUGUAUAGAGACCGUCAACAGCUACACUUGCCAGUGCUACCCUGGCUUCAGGGGACUCAAGUGUGAGGAGGUUGUGACCUGUCAGGCACAGAAAGCCCCUGAACACGGCAGCCUGGUUUGCAACCACCCCUUGGGGAGCUUCAGCUACAAUUCUUCCUGCUCUGUGAGCUGUCAAGAGGGCUACGUCCCAGGCAGCACGGAGACCUCGCAGUGCACUUCCUCUGGAGAGUGGAGCGCUCCUCUUCCAGCCUGCAAUGUGGUUGAGUGUGAUGCUUUGACAAACCCUGUCAAUGGAGUCGUGAAAUGUCCCCAGAGCCACGAAAGCCUCCGCUGGAACACCACCUGUGCAUUUGAGUGUAAGGAGGGGUUUGAACUAGCUGGACCCCAGACUCUGCAGUGCACCUCAUCUGGGGACUGGGACAACAAGCAGCCAACGUGUAAAGCUGUGACCUGUGAUGCCCUGGAUGAUCCUCAGAACGGCUCCGUGAGCUGUAGCCACACGUCUGCUGGAGAAUUCGCCUUCAAGUCAUCCUGCCACUUCACCUGUGCGGAAGGCUUCAUGUUGCAGGGACCAGCCCAGGUUGAAUGCACUGCUCAGGGGCAAUGGACACAGCAAGUUCCAGUGUGUGAAGCCAUGAAAUGCGAUGCUGUCCCCCAGCCCAGGAAUGGCUCGGUGACGUGUACCCAUUCCCCCACUGGCGAGUUCACCUACAAGUCCUCCUGUGCCUUCAGCUGUGAGGAAGGCUUUGCAUUACGUGGAUCAGCUCAGCUUGAGUGCACAUCUCAGGGACAAUGGACACAGGAGGUCCCCUCCUGCCAAGCGGUACAGUGUUCAAGUUUGGAUGUUCCCGGAAAGAUCAACAGGAGCUGCAGUGGGGAGCCUGUGUUUGGCACCGUGUGUACGUUUGCAUGUCCAGAAGGAUGGACGCUGAAUGGCUCUGCAGCUCUGACAUGUGAUGCCACAGGACACUGGUCUGGGAUGCUGCCUACCUGUGAAGCCCCUGCUGAAUCCAAAGUUCCCUUGGCAGCUGGACUUUCUGCUGCUGGAAUCUCCCUCAUGACAUCAGCAUCCUUUCUCCUCUGGCUUCUGAAACGCCUUCGGAAGAAAGCAAAAAAAUUUGUCCCUUCCAGCAGCAGUCACAGCCUUCAAUCAGAAGGAUCCUACCAAAUGCCUUCUGAGUUAAUUUAAGUCCAAAGGAAUCAGGAACACAGGAAAAUUAGGGAUCUAGAGUGACACCUUGAAGAUAGUAGACACAGAGAGCUCUCCUUGGAUCUCUGGCCCUUCUCACCUCCUGCACCUGCUGGCUGCCUCUACGGCUGGGACCGUGGACCCACGAGGACUUCAAUGGACCCAAAUCCAGUGGGCAAGGCCAGCCUGCCACCAAAAAGACUCAGUGUUCCCUUUUCCAGUGCUGGCUACUGGAAGGAAGGAAUAUUCUUUCCCACGCAAAAGCGGAGAGACUAAGGCUCUGGAAUCUCAGAAUUCCUUUUCUAACUAUCCCUUUGCUCACUGUGAAAUCUCGGUGGUGAAAUACAAUAUUUUGUGGCACUGUUUCUUUUGUCCCUCAUGGUGCUUCAGUUGCUGAAUAUGUAGCUGCUGCCAUGGUAUGAGUUACGAAUUGUCAAGAGUUUAGAGGAGACACAUGGCUAAAUACAUUCUAUUAACUGUCUUGGGGGGAAAAGGGACGGAUUUUAAAUGCCACAAGGUGAGUGCAUGGGAAGGAUGUUAAUGGUGGAAAUUCUACUGAGUCCUCUAUGUGAGGAUUAGCAAGUACAGUCUUAGUCACUUUCAUCCCCAUGGGAUUCGGUGACUUUAAAUUGUUCUCAGAGGUUGUGCUCUUUUUACUUGUAUUGAAUAAUGUAUAAAUUCAGUAAGUCUUAACUCAGUACAAGUGUUGUAGGGACUUAAAAAUGUAUAAAUGCUAGGAUUACGGUGGGGCAAAAGCUACUUAGCCUAGACCUUUGUGUAUUAACACAUUUUAAUGUGAUGCCUAGAGUAAAAUUUAUUUCAAAAAGACAAAUACAUUUCCCCCAGCCAUGUGUGAUGUUAACUAGUAUAAAGUGCUGAAUGUUUGACUGCAAUUCCUUUUUUUUUUUUUUAAAGUGAGUAGUAUUAGGAGAGCCAAGCCCUAAUGGCACUCAUUUGUACACUGUCAGGUAUUUUUUCAGAGUGAUGUGGUUUCCAUGACAAGAAACUUCCAUGAGGCCGUAUGUUCUGAUUUGAUAAAAGCAUAAAUGCAAACAAAUGAAGGUACAGUUUUGUGAGUGUCUUUUUUUGGAAAAACACUCAUAGAAUGUAAAUGUUCUUGGCAUUCCUACAAAGAUGUUUGUCAGAUGUCAUGUGUCAACAUAUAAUUCUUGUAUAUUACAUAUGAUUUUGAACCUGUGAUAUGAACUUGCCGUAUAAAGGAUCUGUCCAGGGGAUUUUUUAAAAGUGAAGAUGUCUAAUAAUGAUUCCCUAAUUGUCUUAUUCUGCUUGUUAGGGUGUUCUUAAAGAGAGCCAAGCCUGUAUGAGCAAGUAUCUAUAUUUAUUUAUUUGGGAGUUUAAAAUUCCUAAGGAAUCUCCAGUUGAUCACUAGCAAGGAGAUUGCCAGAACUGCUCCAAACUUGAAGGAUGAUAUGGGAGUCCAAACUCCUCCACCCUUUCAUUAACGUAGGAUGUGUUAAAAAAAAAAAAAAAA